CCUUUUCUCUUCCUUAUCCCGUUUAUAUGGUACGGUGACUGGCUGUACAGCUAAAGCAGUGCGAUCAUGGCGGAGCGCGUUCAGCAACCCCCAGCUAAACGGCUCUGCUGCCGACCCGGCUAUAAUCCGGCGUGCAGACAGGGACAGAGGGCUGGUGGAGCCUUAUGUGGCGGUCAGGGUACUGCCCAAGGGGGGUCUGGCAAAACUCAGAGCCCGGAGUCCCUGCUGGACAUCGCUGCGAGGAAAGUAGCAGAGAAGUGGCCGUUUCAGAGGGUGGAGGAGCGCUUUGAAAGGAUUCCGGAGCCCGUCCAGAGGAGGAUCGUGUACUGGUCAUUCCCCAGGAGCGAACGGGAGAUCUGCAUGUAUUCGUCCUUCAACACGGGCGGGGAGGAGAGUGGAGCUGCCGGGGAAAACAGCGACGAGACUCGGUUGCCUUUCCGACGGGGUAUCGCUUUGCUUGAAAGUGGCUGCGUAGACAACGUACUGCAAGUCGGCUUCCACCUCAGCGGCACGGUGACCGAGCCAGCGACGGCCUCCGAACCCGAGACAGUGUGCAGCGUGGCCAUCAGCUUCGACCGCUGCAAGAUCACCUCGGUGACAUGCGGCUGCGGCAACAAGGACAUCUUCUACUGUGCUCAUGUGGUGGCGCUGUCGCUGUACCGCAUCCGGCAGCCGGACCGCGUCAAGCUGCACCUGCCCAUUUCAGAGACGCUCUUUCAGAUGAGCCGGGACCAGCUGCAGAAGUUCGUUCAGUAUUUGAUCACCGUGCACCAUACGCAGGUGCUGCCCACCGCCCAGAAGCUAGCCGACGAAAUCCUCUCACAGAAUUCGGAGAUCAAUCAAGUGCACGGUGCCCCGGACCCCACGGCAGGAGCCAGUGUAGACGACGAGAACUGCUGGCACCUGGAUGAGGAGCAGGUCCAGGAGCAGGUCAAGCUCUUCCUCUCACAAGGAGGGUACCAUGGAUCGGGCAAGCAGCUCAACCUCCUUUUUGCCAAGGUUCGGGAGAUGCUGAAGAUGCGUGACUCCAACGGCGCGCGCAUGUUGACCCUCAUCACGGAGCAGUUCAUGGCUGACCCCCGGCUCUCCUUAUGGAGGCAGCAGGGCACCAUCAUGACUGACAAGUACCGGCAGCUCUGGGACGAGCUCGGCGCCCUGUGGAUGUGCAUAGUCCUCAACCCGCACAGCAAGCCGGAGCAGAAGGCCUGCUGGCUUAGGCAGCUCAAGAAGUGGAACAGUGUGGACGUGUGCCCCUGGGAGGACGGUAACCAUGGAAACGAGCUGCCCAAUUUAACCAACUCCUUGCCUCAGGGCCCCCAUGCAAACCAAGAUUUAGCCAACAGACCCCACCGGACGGUUUUCACCCGGGCCAUCGAAGCGUGCGACCUCCACUGGCAGGACAGCCACUUGCAGCACAUCAUCAGCAGCGACCUCUACACCAACUACUGUUACCAUGACGACACUGAAAGCUCUCUCUUUGACUCGCGCGGCUGGCCGAUGUGGCACGAGCACGUCCCCACGGCCUGUGCUCGCGUGGAUGCCCUGCGCUCCCACGGCUACCCCCGGGAGGCACUGCGGCUGGCCAUCGCCAUCGUCAACACGCUGCGCCGGCAGCAGCAGAGGCAGCUGGAGCUUUUCCGGCAGCACAAGAAAGAGCUACUGCACAAAGGUGUCACCUCCAUCACGAACACUGAGGGCUGGGUGGGCCACCCACUGGACCCCAUCGGGACCCUCUUCAGCACGCUGACGGAGACGGAGACGGUCUGGGCCGCCGACGACGGCUCUUCGGGGUUCCUGGACCUCUCAGACUCCGGGGGCCCGGCGAAGUGCUCGGACCCGCAGCCAUGUCAGCCGGCACGGCUGCUGGAGGACGGCGAGUCGUACCUGGCGCUGGCGGUGGAGAUGGCGCUGCUGGGCCUGGGCCAGCAGAGGAGCAUGCCGGACGGCCUCUACGCCCAGGAGAAGCUCUGUCGCAACGAGGAGCAGCUCAUCUCGCGCCUCCAGGAGGUGGAACUCAACGACUCGCUCAUCAAGAUCUUCCGCAAGCAGGCCGUCUUCCUGCUGGAAGGUGGGCCUUACAGUGGUCUUGGGGAGACUGUUUACAGAGAGAGCGUUCCAAUGCACACGUUUGCCAAGUACCUUUUCACCUCCCUGCUACCUCACGACGCCGAACUCGCAUAUAAGAUUGGACUGAGAGCGAUGCGGCUGCCGGUGCUGGAAUCCACGGCCCCAACGGGGGACCUCUCCCGGCCACAUAAUAUGGUGUCCGUCGUCCCCAACCGCUACCCCCGCUGGUUCACCCUGAGCCACAUCGAGUCUCAGCAGUGUGAGCUGGCCUCCACCAUGCUGACCGCGGCCAAAGGUGACGGACGGCGGCUGGAAACGGUGUUGGAGUCCAUCCAGAAAAACAUCCACUCCUCGUCGCACAUCUUCAAGCUGGCCCAGGAUGCCUUCAAGAUCGCCACACUCAUGGACAGCCUGCCGGACAUCACCCUCCUCAAAGUGUCCCUGGAGCUGGGCCUUCAGGUGAUGAGGAUGACGCUGUCGACGCUGAACUGGCGGCGCCGGGAAAUGGUGCGGUGGUUAGUCACCUGUGCCACCGAAGUAGGGGUGUACGCCCUAGACAGCAUCAUGCAGGGCUGGUUCACGCUCUUCACCCCCACGGAGGCCACCAGCAUCGUAGCCACCACGGUGAUGUCCAGCAGCACCAUAGUCAGGCUGCACCUGGAGUGCCACCAGCAGGACAACCUUGCGAGCAGUGCGCGGACGCUGGCCCUGCAGUGCGCCAUGAAGGACCCGCAGAACUGCGCCCUGUCCGCCCUCACGCUCUGCGAGAAGGACCACAUCGCCUUCGAGACGGCCUACCAGAUAGUGCUGGACGCCGCCGCCACGGGCAUGAGUUACACGCAGCUGUUCACCAUCGCUCGCUACAUGGAGCACCGCGGAUACCCUCUGCGGGCUUACAAGCUGGCCACGCUGGCCAUGACUCACCUGAACCUCAGCUACAACCAGGACACACACCCGGCCAUCAACGACGUGCUCUGGGCCUGCGUGCUGAGCCACUCGCUGGGCAAGAAUGAGCUGGCCUCCAUCAUCCCCCUGGUGGUCAAGAGCGUGAAGUGCGCCACCGUGCUGUCGGACAUCCUGCGCCGCUGCACGCUGACCACCCCGGGGGUGGUGACACUGCACAGCCGCAGGAACUCUGGGAAACUGAUGUCGCUGGACAAGGCGCCGCUCAGGCAGCUGCUGGACGCCACCAUCGGGGCCUACAUCAACACCACGCACUCGCGUCUCACCCACAUAAGCCCGCGGCACUACAGCGAGUUCAUCGAGUUCCUCAGCAAGGCCAGAGAGACUUUCCUCAUGGCCCACGACGGACACAUCCAGUUCACGCAAUUCAUCGACAACCUGAAGCAGAUCUACAAAGGCAAAAAGAAGCUGAUGAUGCUGGUUCGAGAGCGCUUCGGCUGACGGAGCGCCCUGGCUCCCCCGGUCUUUCCGUUUUCUCUUUGUUUUUUGUUUUCGUUUCUCUCGAGCCUUCCUUUGUACCCCUUUUGACUUAAAAUGGACAUAUAAGGAAAAUAAAGAUGGGGAACUAAACAAAGGAGAAAACAUCACAGAGCCACACCGGUAUUACUUAUGUGUAUAGAACCGUUUGUUUCGCAAAAGAAAAGAAAAAAAAACUGUCAUGUUGUGAAAGUUUGUGUUUGUUCAUUCAUUUGUAAUGGAGGGGGGGAGGGGGAUGGUAAAAGAGGAAGAGAAACAAAAUGUUUUUCAGUUUAUACUGAGUAUAUGUUGUCCAGUGGCAAAAGCCCACAUUCAGUAGCUCUCCUGUUAUUGCCGUGAAACAUUCACAGCCUCAAAGAAAUGGAAAAAAACUACGGCUUUAAACCAAACGGAAACGCCUCCAUCCUAAGGGACAAGUACCUCGUAAGGAUCCAGCUUUACUCCCACAAAACUCACUCGCGUGGUUUCGCAUAGCGGUCCUGUAACAGAGCAGCAAAGCGAAAGUGUUACGGAGGGAAGAGCAAGUCGGAAUACUUCUUAAUAAAAGUAAAAACACUAUGAUUCUCCGGUUUCCAGGGUCUGACUGAUUCGCAGUGCCGUUUUUUAAGUUCCGGAGCGGGGCACUGACAUCACACGUGUGGAAACUAGCGACUGUCAACAUACAUUCUCAGGGAUUUCUUUAAAAAAAAAUGAAAAGGAAAAAAUGAAAAAGAAUGAGAGCAUUUAUUGUACUGUACAUACUAUAGUAUAUGUCUGAAUACUGAGAGAAAAAAGGUAUACAUUAACUAAUUUAUAAAGAUAUUCUAUGUAAUGCAAAAUACUUGAAGCUGCAGUAGUUUGGUUUUUACACAGAACAUAUCAGAAGGACUAAACUGGCCUUGUUUUUAGGGGGCUGGCUCAGGUGGGGGCUGGCUUGGGUGGGGGCUAUCUCUGCUGGCCAUCUAUGCAGAGUCACUUCUCCGAACUGCAUGAUUUUUGACUGGUGUAUAUGUAAGAAACGCAGCCGAACUGACUAUACGUAGCCGUACGUGAGCCGUAACUCCUAAGCGUGCACGCGUUCAUGGUUUUAAAAAGAGCACCGUAGACAAGCGGGACAGCCGGGGAAUGGGCCGGAACCUCAGGCCACGCCAACGUCUCGAGAGAGAACCCAGAUAGUUUGGUCCCACGCGGCUCUACGUGUCCAGCGCUGUAACUCCGACAAGAUGCGACUCCUAUCCUAGCGGAAGCGAUGUGUUGACUACCGUAGUCCUAUGUUGAAACCGAAAUCGUGUAGAGUUAAUUUUAUUUUAUUGUUUUUAUGGUCUUUUUUUUUUUAUUAUUUUCUUGCGCCCCUUCUUCGCAGUGCAGCAAUAGUCUCUGAACGCUCCAUUUAUGCACAGGAACGCACCGCAUACCCCAGUUGAGCGCGGCGCUCCCUUGGCGUUCCCGCGGCCUGCUGCGGCAUUACCGCGACAUUGCCGGAGCUAUGCGUGUAGGCUGGCUUGCCCGUUCUGCUAGCAUCCUAAGUAUGUGCCGGACUGGAGGUUGCUAUGUGGAUCUGACUGUUCUAAUUUCCAUGCUCUUUCUCUCUCUUUUACCUAGUUUGUUCUCUGGAAUUCCUCGAUCAAGAAGAGCCUUCUUUCUUGCCUUGUCUUAACGCUUUAAAAUAACCAAACUGGAGUUCUAACUACCAAACCUGUUCAUUAAAUGAAAGCCAACCAACUUUGGUUACAACUUUAGUGUCUUUUAAUUUUAGCUGGAUGGUUCUGUAUCUCGUGCUUUUAAAAAAGCUUUUUUUUUUUGUUUUGUUUUUGUUUGUUUUUUUGUUUUUUUUUUACAUUUAUGGUGCAAAAUGUCGUCCUGUGUCACUUGUUCCCUCCAUUAGAGGAUUUCCUAGAGGAUUGUUUGUAGCUUUUUUCGUUUAGGAAACGAAAUAUCAUGUUCACCAUUUUAUUUAUUAUAAUAGGUAAAAGAUUGUACUUCAUCUCCAAUGUAUACAUGCUCAUGAAGUUGAAAUUAAGAUUUGAUACGCCGAUAUCAAUUUAUUUAUGUAACUAAAUCACUGUUUUAUAAACUUGUUAAUGAUUGAAUUUUUUUUGUUUCAAUUAAAAUUAAUUUUUUUUUUUGAGAGGUAAAA